ACACCUUAAUUCAUAUGUUUUUACCUCUUCGUGGAGUCUUCUGAUACAUGCGGCCUUAUGUUACUACUAUAAGUGAAGAGGCAGAGGCGGGAACACUCUCAACUGAGGGUAAAUAAACAGCGACCAUGUAAACAAUUCGAGGAGCUGUGGUGGGGAGGAAGCAGUGGCUCACAACUUGCCCAGAAAAACGUUGUAAUAGUGAGUUAUGUGACUGUGUGUGCCUCAAGUAACUACAUACACUCCUGCUGGAUGGGAUCUUUUACUAUUCUGGCUCGAGAAAUUAAGAGGUAAAUGCCAGGAUGGGGGAGCCACGGAGGUGUUGGCUGCGGUGGCAUAACUAUAGUGACUCGGUGACGUCAGCCUUAGAAUCACUGCGCUAUGAUGAAGACUUCCUGGAUGUGACUGUGGCUUGUGAAGGGCGAACCAUCCGGGCUCAUAAAUUGGUGCUUUCAGCGUGCAGUGCAUACUUCAGGAAGGUUCUAAAGGACCAUCCGUGUGACCACCCUAUUAUUAUAUUAGAUGGAUUGGGAUGGAGGGAAGUAGUGGCUCUGUUACACUUUAUGUACUGUGGUGAGGUGGUGGUGGAGGAGGAUCAACUUCCUAAUCUCCUGAAUGCUGCCUCAAACCUCAAUGUCACUGGUCUCACACAUGUCACUUCUGCACUAGCCAGCACCCAGGUUGCUGGAGAUGAUGACAGUGAUGAGGAGGACUUUGGGGAGGAGGAAGAAGAGGAGGAUGAUGAUAGAGACAUGAAGGUAUCUGAAAUCCAGAAAUCCAAGAAAAAGGAAGUGGAAAGUGAGGGUGAUUCUUCAUAUGAUAGUGAUGCUCCCCCAGCCAAGAGACAAUGCCUUGAAUUAUCUGAAACACAACAAGGAAAUUGCAGUAAAAGAGAAGCAGAGGAAGAAUCAUUAUUGGAGAGCAGAGGAUCUUUGUCUUCCUCGAGAAGUGUUGUUGCUUCUGUUCCAGUUACCAAUUGUACAUCCCAAAUACAAGAAGUCCAUGCAGCCACACCUGUUCCUGCCACUCCCAUCAGUGACACCAGCAGUGACAAAGAAAAUGAAAAGAGACCAAUAAACCAAAUGGAGAAGAAUGAUAAAGAAGUCAGAGGCACUGGGAUGAUACUGGUGAAUGGCGACUGUUACAUUAAAGAUGAAAUGGAGGACUUUGAGGAGAUGGAAUGCAUGGUGGAGGCUGUGGCUGCUGAUUCCAGUCGGCCUGAAAAUGGUGACUCAGAUUCUCUUAAAGCUUCUUUAUCAAUAUCAUUGACCAAACCAGGAGAGAGUAUCAUGCCUGUAAAUCUUUUGGAGAACAGCACAGCAUCAGGAGUAACAUCUUCCUUGGGAGCAGUGAACUAUGCUGCUUUUUUCACACCUGGAAGCAUGCUUCCUACUAGUAGUAGUGGCAAGCCCAACACAACAAUACUGCUGUCCCCUUCAGGGAUGUGCAGUACAGCAGUUAAUGAAGGAACUAUAAACAUGGAAAAAAUGGUGCAACUUCUUCCAUCUCUGCCAACCACGGGCACAUUACCAACCACAAUUACGCCACUAACAGGUGGUGUAACUCCCACCACUGCAACAGGCAUAACACUCAGUACAACAACUAGCCUUGUCAACUCUUACUCCAGUCAGCCAUACAUCCGUCCAUCACUUGUGUCUGUCAAGGAGGUGCAGGCCACACUGGAACAGUAUCAGCGGAAACUAGCAUUCCAUGAACCUCGACCGUGUCCUACAUGCAAAAGAAUGUACCGGGAUGCUGCGACACUUCGUACACACAUGGCUAUAAUGCAUCAAGAGGGUAAAGAGCCUUUUGCUUGUACAUGUGGGGCUCUAUUUCGUACCAAGUAUGAUAUGUACCAACAUAAGAAAAAUGGUCAUCGCUAAACUCUGUAAUAGAUGUACAAGACCAAAGAAACAGCUUCAUGAAGAGGAAAGGUAGCAUCAACAGGCAGAAACAUUUAUACUAUCACAUCAGAAUAAUGUUUUUUAUCCACCAAAGAUGAUAAUGAAGACUUAAGUUACCAACUACAAUUUGGCACAAAACUAGGAUAUUUAAGAAGCUUUGUUGUACAACUUUGUGUUUAGCUCAAGUAUAUGACUAAGGGAUUGGCACAACAUUGGUUGUAAUUUGAUUGAUAAAGAUUUUCUUUUCAAUGGCAUAUGUGUUAAGGAAGUGUGGUAGUUGGUAUAACUCAUGUUGGGAUAAGUGACACUUGGCUAAGAGCUUUGAUGAUGGCUUGUCUCUCUACCUAUCUGUCACACUGUUCCUGUGUUGUUUUUAUGAUGCUCCAGUUGCAUUUAACUCACUCACACGAGAAUUAGAUCUUGCUCAAGUUAUCCAAAACCAAGUGUGCCCAUUGCACUGUUCAGUGUGUGAAUCUGUGAAACUUUUGUGACCUUGAUCUGUGUUUAUGUGAAACUUUUUUACCUGUGAACUUUGCUUCUGCCAUUAAUGGUACUGAACAUUUCCACAACAUUUGAAUAAUGAUGCUGUUAUUUAGCAGUUUUAUAAACUCCUCAAUACCGUUGAUGUCUGGUGCUGUAUCUGAAACUUUCCCAGUGUAUUAAAUUGUUUGAAUUAAGAAGUUAAGUUGAAGGAUAGUUGUUGCAUAUGUGUGUGUGUGUGUGUGCGUGCAUGCGUGCGAGUGUGUGUGUGAGAAAGUAAGGGAAAAUUCUGUCACUUUGAAAUGUAUAUAUUUUUAAGAUAUAUUCAUACAUUACCAUACUUUGCUUUAACUUGAAUACAGUGAAGACAGUAUGCAGUGUAUACAAGAAUAUUUUGUAUCUUGCACAAGAUACCAGUAAUGAGAUACCAUAAGUACCAGUGAGAGAUAAACAAAAUUAUGCUUAUUACAUGCAUGAUUCAGCCUUCAGUGCAGACAUUCAUAUCUGCCAGCCUUAAAAUGAGCUUAACUACUAACCUAUUUAUAAUAUUUAUUUAGAUUUUUUAUGAUCAAAAUGAUGUAAAUGGUAUUUAAGUACCAGUAACCCUUGAUCUUAAGUGUUUUGAGAAAUUAUGUUAUGCAGACACUUAUUAUAGUGCUGUCAUAAGGAUUAUGUGGUAAAAUUUUGAGUACAACAGCAUUGGACCCCUUUACAGUGAUGUCACAUAAUUUGCCUUGUGAAAACCCCUCCACCAUCAUGGUAACAUCUGUAAUAAUAAUAGUUUUCUUGAGACAUUUUACAUUGUGGCUGCAAGAUAAAGAGGGAAAAAUAUAUGUGAUUGACUUUACUUGUGCUGUUAUCAACAGUCAUGCCUAUGGGACCCACUUUCACUUUUUCAAGUUAACAUCCAUAGUUUCAUUAAUUUCCAGCAUCUCUUAAGAGACCAGGGUGAAUGUAUUUGUCAUUUUUUUCUACGAUUUUGCUCGAGUGGAAAUGUACUUAGAAUAUGUCUUCCACCACUUUACUCAAAUAGUACAGUGGUAGUCCAUUUACCAUAAAUGAAAUGACUACUACAAUUAGUGGUUACAAGAAUGAAAAAAAAAAUCAUAGUAAAGUGACAUACUUUCAUGACAUUAGACAUAAGCUGGUUGCAUCACAUACAUUACAAAUGUCCUUCACUAAACUGGAUGUGUAUGUGCCUUCAGACUUCAAAGAAUCCAUGUUCUUCCAUACAGAUGCACUUUGUUUUAGUUGAAAAACCAAGGCCAUGUAGUAUGUCUGCUGACCAGUCAUUCCAUGACAUUUCCUAAGAAUCUGUUGGUCAGUUCAAAUAGUUUGUCAGAAAUAUUAAUUUUCACAUUUAGUUACAGUUUGUCCACAAGUUUCUGUUAUAUCUUCAUCAUCAUUGGACAGUUAUGUUUCACUCAAUAUUGUAUACAUCACAUUGUUUGGUCCUUUGUUUAUCUUGUACCCUCAAUUAUGGUCUCUUGCAGAAAAUGAUCAUGGGAAAAGUGUCAUCAAGUAAACAGGUCUGUUGGUUAAACAUGUUGCCAUUGAAAUUAAUGUUAAUUUUUUGUUUUAUCUUCACUAUUCAUUUUGAUUAGAAAAGACGUCUUUAUUUGAAAUCAUUCUGUAAACUUGGAUCUUCUCAAGUAGUAUUUUAUAUUUACUGUACUUGAAUUUUUUGAUAUAUUAUGAUAUACAUUACAGUAUUGUAAAAGUGAAGUUCAUAAUAUUUUGCUUCUGUUAAAAGAAGUUACAUAUAUCUGUCAUUUUAACAAAUGUGAAGGACAAACAAAAUUUUGUUUGUGCCAGUGUAGUGAUAUGGGUGGCAUUUUAACUUGUUACCAGUCAAACCAGAUAUUGUGACUAUUGGGAAGACAAGGUUGUGUUAUGAUAAUGUUUAGGUUGAGGGAGUUACCACCAAAUAGUUUUAGUUUUGCACAUUUUUUCAUUUAAGAUUUUUGUUAUCUUGUUACCAAAUAAUGGUAUGAAUAGGUUUCUAUAUUUCUGUUUACUUUAGUUUUAAGAGAUUUUUAUGAAACAAUUAAACAGUUUACUUGUAAAACCAAAUACACAAGACAAAUCUAGUGACACAAGUGAAUGAGGUGUUAAUCAUUUUUUUUUUUUACAUUUUCCAGAUUAUUACACAUUUUGCAUGUGUUGUGGUAGUCAUGAUUUUGAGUACAGUACAUGGUUAUUGUUGAGAAAUAUUGUCAAAAUUCAUCAACAAUAUUUGAACUUUAGUAAUAUAGUACAAGACUUCCAUGGCAUUGCAGACUGAGGUUUAUACCAGUCGUGAGUUAAUUAGUGUGUAUAGAUUUACACUUAAGUUGAUUACUUGAUAACUUGCUGUAUGUGUUUCUACACUGCUGUCUGAUACACACACUUCUUCACCCAUUAGUCUUAUGUGAAAAUUCUUUGUGUUUCCUUAUACAAUGGAGUCUCAAUAAUUCGUGGGUUUGGUACCAGAAGAUAUUAUAUAUUAUCAAAUUUCGAAUUAUAGUUUAAUUUAUAUAAAUGGAAAUAAUUAGUUGGAUUACAGAGGCCAAAAAAUACACCUAAAAUAUUUCAAAACUGCUUUUAAAAACACUGAAUAUAUGUAAUAUAUAAAAAAUACAGUAACACAUAGAUAUUGUACCAAAAGUAAUUUUAUAUUACACAAACAGCUCCUUCCCUUCUCAUAAUCAUCCUCUUGAUGACACCAUUACACCAACAUGGUGCUGGGGCUGGCUGGUUGGUCAGCUGUUUGCCUAUGAUGUAAACAAACCAUUAUGGUGAAAUUGCAUACAGGUACUUUUAUUGUAAAGGGGUCGUGGCUUGGGGAAUUUCCAUUGGGUCCAGCCAUCCACCUGCCCUACCUUCUUCACACAGAAUCUAUUCCCACUUAAUUUCUUCUUAUUUUAUAUUUUUAUACAUUUUAAAGUAACAAUGAGGUGAUAUUUUCACAACUUUUAUGGUGCUCGGCCGGGAAUUAUGUUUUUUUGCAGAGAAAUUUAUAAACAGAGGUAGUAAUGUAGAGGUACAGUUGUAUUUUGAGAAUUAUUGAGACUCCACUGUAGCAUUAACAAUUACAGCUCUUCCCCGACUUAUGAAGGGGGUUAGGGACCCAAUUCCAGGUUGUAAGUCGAAAUGGUCGUAAGUCGAAAAUGCUUAAAUAAUACAUAGAAAAUCGAAAAUGGGUGUCUGUUUUUCUUCUCAGCACCACA